AUGAGGACAGAAGGACAUGAGGACAGAGCCUUGUUGUUAGGUCUCGGCUGUAACCCCAACCUCAGUGACGUCUCUCUGGAUUUGAGCUGCUGCGAGCUCCGUUCAGGAGGUUCUCAGAUCCUGGAGGGCUGCAUCGCUGAGAUCCCCAACAUCACCAGUCUGGACAUCUCUGAUAACGGUCUGGACAUGGAGCUGACCACGCUGCUGGUUUGGUUGGCCAAGAACCGCUCCAUCCGACACCUGGCACUGGGAAAGAACUUCAGCAACAUCAAAUCCAAGAAUGUGGCUCCGGUUCUGGACAACCUGGUCCUGAUGAUCCAGGAGGAGGAGUCGCCACUGACCUCCCUGUCCCUGGCCGACUCCCGUCUGAAGGCAGACCUGUCCAUGGUGCUGAACGCUCUGGGCAGUAACACGUCUCUGACCAGCCUGGACAUCAGUGGGAACUCCAUGGGGGACAUGGGGGCCAAGAUGUUGGCCAAAGCCCUGCAGAUCAACACCAAACUGAGGACUGUGGUUUGGGACAGAAACGGCGUCAGUCCUCAGGGUUUACAGGACGUCGCUGCUGCUCUGGAGAAGAACUACACCAUAAGGUUCAUGCCCGUUCCCAUCAUGGAUGCCGCUCUGGCACUGAAAGCCAACCCGGAGAAGACGGAGGACGCUCUGCUGAAGAUGGAGCAGUAUCUGCUGAGGAACCAUGAGACUCGUAAAUACCUGCAGGAGCAGGCGUACCGGCUGCAGCAGGGCAUCGUCACCACCACCACCCAACAGAUGAUGGACACCAUGUGUGUGAAGGUUCAGGAUCACCUCAACUCCCUGAAGUUCUCAGAGACCAACUGUGUUCAGGACGACAUGAAGGCAGCGGAGAACCUGAUGAAGGACGCCAGGAACUCCAAGACGCUGCUCCCAAACCUGUACCACCUGAGGAGUGGGGGCGGGGCCUUUGUGGGGGCCAUUCAGGACAAACUGGAGUCGAUGGCGGGGGAGGUGGCGUCGGUGGUGGACGAGCAGCUGCAGCUGAUGCUGGUGUCCAUGGUGGAAGCCGCUGAAGGCCUGUGUCCUCAUGUGAUGAAGAGGCGGAGCCUCCGUCCAGAACUGCUGAAGGCCGGCGCCGGUCGCAUGAGCGUUCCAAGGAGUUUCAUCACCAGGACACUGUUGGAACAGUCAGGGGUCGACAUCAUCAACCAGAUCAGUGAAGUGAAGCUCAGUGCGGCGUCAUUUCUGUCUGAUCGCAUCGUGGAUGAAAUCCUGGAUUCGCUGUCCCGAUCCCAGCAGACUUUAGCUGAUCACCUGAUCAGGAAGGACCACCCUCUGGUUCAACAGGACCCUCAGAUGGAAACUGAGGUCCUGGAUGAGACGGUUCUGCAGGAGGAAAACCUGGACCAGGAUCUGAAACUGGACCGGAAACAUGACCUGGAAGACCUGGACACGUGCAUGAUGACGCCCAAGUCCAAGAGGAAGAGUAUCCUGGUGCGGAUGCUGAGACCGGUGUCGGUGGCCUUUGAGAUGGAGUUUGACCUGGAUAAAGCUCUGGAGGAGGUGCCCAUCCACGUGGAGGACCCGCCCCCUCCGCCUCCUCCUCCCGCACAGCCAUCGGACAGAACGUCUGCCUAUUACGCCGACCUCCCGCCUCCUCCGACUCCCGUCUGUCUGAGCGAACUGCCUCCGCUCCAGCAUCCAGUCCUACAGCAUCGCACCAAGCUCCGCCCCAAACCCAAGAAGAGGACCAAACCCAGCAGAGCGCCGCGUCAGUUAGCCGAAAGCUCAGCGACUGCGGAGGCUGAACCCAGCAGCAUCAUGGGAAAACUAGACGAAGGCCUGGAUGAGUUUUUCUCAAAGACGGUCACGAAACUCAGCUUCAAGCGUCCGUCUUUGAAGGCUCCGCCCUCCAGCCCUCAGGAAGCCGAAAAGAAACGUGAGUCCAGAAAGAGCGGCUUCUUCAACCUCAUCAAGUCCAGGACGUCGCGCUCAGAGAAAAGCCACGGCGCCGCCUCCAUCUCCCCUCCGUCUCCUGCCUCCUCCUCCUCUGUCGCUGUGGCGUCCUCCUCCACCUCCAUUAGUCCUGUGACCGAGGAGGCCAUGCCCACUUCGCCCACUUCGCCCACGUCACCCACUUCCCCCGUGAUGAAAACCCCGGAGCCCCUUCAGGAGCUCCACAGGACCAGGUCUCAGGACCACACCGACUCUGAGGUGGAGGCGUCUCCGCCCACCGCCACCGCUGGCCUCGCCCAGGAGGAGAAAGAGGAGGAGCAGAAGGCAGAGAAGAAGGAGACCCCCCACGUCCCCCGUCACAUGGGGGUCCCGGUCAUGGGCCUGGACCUGCUGGCUGAGAUGAAGGCCCGGCAGGAGAGGAUGGCAGCUCAGAAGUCGGAGUCCAAGGUGGAAAAAGUGGAAACUGAAGCAGACUCUGAGGACUCCAGACCAGAACCGGUACCCAGGUCCAGACCCUCUGGAGUCGGGCCCAAACCCCCCCCUCCUCAGUCGGCCAAACCGGCCCCAGGCCCACGGGCGUCGGGCCCCUCCGGCCCCAGGCUGAGCAGCGCCGACACCCUGGAUGAGGCCGAGGCCGCCGCCCCCGUCAGGGCGCCACUUCCUGCCCCCCGCCUGAAGAGGGCGCCGUCGGAGCAGGACGGAGAGGCUGGCAGCGGCGGUGGUAACCCUGGACGACCGGCAUCUCCUCUGGACGGGGCGUGUCCUGCAGACGGGGACGCCUUCGAGUCACCGUCUGAAGGCGUGGAGGUCGGAGGUCGACAGUGGUCGUCUCUGAAGAGCUCGGUGACUCCGCCCAUCGCCAGGGACGAAGAGCGAGAGCGAGCCAAGUCCCUCCCAGCUUACGUCACGCCUCCGUCUCCGACCGAAGACGAGUCGGCAGCUCCGGACGCCGACGACCAAUCAGACGACGAGUUCGGAGACAAGACGGCGACAAACGGAACCGAACAAAAGACGCUUUAAGGACGUUUCAUCCGACAAACUGAAGACGUACGACGCUCAGCCAAGACUGACGACGACGACGACACCAACGUGUGCAUCAGCGGCGUUGACAGUUCGGUUUGACUGCAGACGUUUGUUCAGUAAACAACAACAACAACAACAACAACAACAACAGCCUUUAGAACCAAAGUGUUUUUGUUUUUUUUGUUUUUUUUUUUUCAACUUCAUAAUUUUUUAAAGCUAUUAUCAUUUUUUCAACUUUAUUUUUUUGUCAACUUUAUUUUUUUCCAACUUUUUUUUUUCAAUUUUAUUUAUUUUUUUUCCAACUUUUUUUUUUUUUUUUGUUAUUGAACACGGCCACAGAAAAACACAUUCCAGUUUGUUGCAUUGAACCAAAGUGUUCAAUAAAUCUGUUUUUUUGUGUACAUAUUCUUUUAUGGCUGAUUUUUAUAUUUUCUUUGGCUGUUUUCUGGUAAAAGAAAAAAAAAAAACAGUGACUGUACGUUAAAACCCAUCGAACAAAUCCUACUGUUAAUCAUUGACUGAAUG